AACGCUAGGACUCCGCCAAUCAGGACGCGGAACAGAAACCACGACCCAGGGUUGCCCUGCCUCCGGGCCAAUCAGCGGGCGCGUUACGAGCAGGCAGUGUGUGUGCCAGUGUUUUGGCCGGAGCGGUGUGUGAAGGGAGAAGAAGGAGUGGUGCGGAGCCCGGGGGAGGAGGGGGAGGCCGGGUCUUUGUUAUUGUUGUUCCUCCCUGUGUGCCCGGACGGAGGAGGAUGCUCUUCGGGGUCACCAGCAGUAGCAGCCAUAGUCUGUGGUGGGCUCCAGCAAUAUGAAGGAUGGACGAGGACGAGGUGACCAUCAGAGAGCAGAACUUUCACAGCCAAGUUAGAGAAUACAUUAUCUGCUUUCUUAUGUUUGCCAUUUUAUACAUUGUGUCAUACUUCAUCAUCACACAAUACAAAAGAAAAGCAGAUGAGCAAGAGGAUGAGGACGCUACUGUCAACCGUGUUUCACUGUUCCUGAGUACAUUCACACUGGCAGUUUCAGCUGGUGCUGUGCUGCUUCUUCCUUUCUCCAUUAUUAGCAAUGAGAUUCUCCUGUCCUUCCCUAAAAGCUACUAUAUCCAAUGGCUGAAUGGAUCUCUAAUUCAUGGUCUCUGGAAUCUCGUUUCCCUUUUCUCCAAUCUGUGUCUUUUUGUGCUGAUGCCAUUUACUUUCUUCUUUCUUGAAUCUGAAGGCUUCGCUGGACUGAAAAAGGGAAUUCAAGCUCGGAUUCUAGAGACUGUUGUCAUGCUCAUUCUCUUGGCACUCCUUAUCUUUGGCAUUGUGUGGGUGGCAUCUGCCUUGAUUGACAACAGUUCUGCAAGCAUGGAGUCUUUGUAUGAUCUCUGGGAAUAUUACCUACCCUAUUUAUAUUCCUGUAUUUCAUUGAUGGGAUGUCUUUUAUUACUCCUGUGUACGCCUGUUGGAUUUUCCAGAAUGUUUACAGUAAUGGGUCAACUUUUGGUCAGGCCAACGAUCCUCGAGGAUCUUGAUGAGCAGAUGUAUAUCAUAAGUUUACAAGAAGAGGCUCUACAACGAAAGCUGAAUGGAGGAACUUCUUCAGUAGAGAACCACACAAAGAAGAUUGAGAAUGAUCUUAUGAUUGCGAAGAACAUGAAGUCGAAACUUGAAAGACGCAAGAAUGCCUCUGCCUGGGAGAGAAAUCUUGUCUACCCGGCUGUAAUGAUACUACUUCUCACCGUAACGUCCUUUUCCGUGAUUCUGGUCUCUUGCAACAUUCUGAGAUUACUGGUGGACGAAACCGCAAUGCCAAAAGGUUCAAAGGGUCCAGGCAUCGGAAAUGCAUCACUGUUCACUUUUGGAUUUGCUGGAGCUGUGUUAGAAAUUAUUCUGAUUUUUUAUCUGAUGAUUUCCUCUGUUGUCGGCUUCUAUAGCCUGUGCUUUUUUGGAAGUUUAACCCCAAGGAAGGAUGACACAACAAUGACAAAGAUCAUUGGGAACUGUGUCUCUAUUCUGGUGCUCAGCUCGGCCUUACCAGUUAUGUCCAGAACAUUAGGAAUCACAAGAUUUGAUCUCUUGGGUGAUUUUGGACGAUUUAACUGGCUGGGAAACUUCUAUAUUGUUGUUACAUAUAAUCUGAUAUUUGCAGUUGUGACAACUCUAUGUUUAGUAAGAAAGUUCACCUCAGCUGUUCGGGAGGAGCUGUUAAAAGCAAUAGGUUUGAAUAAACUUCAGCUGUCUAAUGAGCCCAGCGAUUCAGCAUCCACCAAUGGGCAUCAGAAAACACUGUGAAAUAUCAUUUAGCAUGGCUGCAAUCAACAGUCCUCUUAGGAUGUGGGCCCAUUGGUUGAACCAUCACUUGUAAUGUCCACAUAGCUCUAGUCUUAUCUACGCAGCAGAGACUUGUAGGUCAGUUUGACCAUGUAGCCACAUUUUUGUGAACUAGACUUUCUUACUUUUUUUUUUCUCUUGUUAUGUUACAGGGGAAAACUUAAAUGUGACAUUUUGUUUCAACAUGUACACCAUGUAGAGUCGUACACCAACAAAGAACCUGAGCCUCACAAACAGUUUUACAUUUUACAUAGGAUUGCAAGUUAAUGUUUUGGUGCUUGAACUCCUCUGUCCCAGACAAGCCAGCCCAACCCUGAAGUCACCUUUAGUGUAUGAUUUAUUAAAAGUUUGUCUGGGCAAAAAAAAAAAUCAGUAUAUCUUUGCAUUACAUGUAAAUUUCCCAGUGCUUUGUCAUUAAAAAUGCUGCAAAUAUUGAAAUAUUUCCAUAAUUCCAGCUAUAAAUCCAGUGAGCUCUUA